UUGACAGGUAACUUGGGCUUUGACAGGAAAGUCUCCGCAACAAGAAUAUGAAUUAGCUCAUAACGAUUUGUUGUAUCAGAAUAAGUUUGCGACGCUUCAAUAGAGGUAACGAAUUUCGCAAUGGCAAGUAUAACUAUAUCCGCAGUUCGUCCACGAACGAGUAUUCUCGACAAGUCGUUGAGUAAAGGGAAAAGUGAGGUUAGCUUGAGUUGUUACGCUCUUUUGUUUUCUGAGCUUGUUCAAUACUGCCAAAACCGCGUUUACACUGUGCCCGAAUUACAGAAUAAACUGGCUGAAAUGGGUGCUGAAGUAGGUCACAGAAUGACGGACCUUCUUGUAAUGAGAGAAAAGAGCGGGAAACGCGAAGUGAAACUUUUGAGUGUUCUUCUUUUUAUUAAAAGCACAGUUUGGAAAUCACUUUUUGGUCGUGAAGCUGACAAACUUGAACAUGCUAAUGACGAUGAUCGAACCUAUUACAUAAUAGAAAAGGAAGCCCUGGUCAAUAAGUUUGUCUCUGUUCCGAAAGACAAGGGAAGUCUAAAUUGUGCAUCAUUUACUGCUGGAAUCGUUGAGGCGAUUCUGUCCGACUGUGGUUUUCCAGCAAAAGUGACUGCACAUUGGCACAAAGGAACAACAUAUAUGGUGAAAUUUGAUCAUGCAGUUAUUACUCGUGAUAAGCAGCUUGAAGAUCGUUAAAUUAAAUUGGUUUUCUAGGUACUUGUAAAGUAUAAAUAAUAAUUUUUCUCAAUUACAAACUUUGAGGAUUUUUGAUUUUAUGGAAUCUGUUACAUUAAUAUAACAGAAAGCCAACU